GACGCGUGAUACCUUCAACAUAUCUGUUACAUGGGAAACCCCAGGUUCGGCUACUGGCAACGCUCCGCAUACCUUCGAACACAGCUACGGGUAUAAAAAGCGCACUAACGCUUGGAGCGCCUACAAGCUUUUUCGCCCCGGCACACUGCGAAGGCAGAACACAGGUCAAGUAGAACACUGCAUCAUCAACCUUGAAAUCAUGAGGGUCAUUGCUGUUACCUUGAUCGCCCUUCUGGUUGCUGGAGCGUUUAUGACUUCCAGCGCACAAGAGGAAGAAAACCAAGUGGCUCACGUUCGAGUUCGACGUGGUUUUGGAUGUCCCUUCGACCAAGGGGCGUGUCACAGGCACUGCCAGAGCAUCGGACGUCGCGGAGGUUACUGCGCGGGAUUUAUCAAGCAGACGUGCACAUGCUACCACAACUAGAAGAAACCAACGCUGCUAUGCCACCCCAAAUGUGCGGAGGCGCGUUUACCGUCCUUGCGAUGGCCGUUCAAUAAACUCCUUACGUUGCUUCACAA